AUGCUUAUCCCGUUCUGCAAAAAAUUGCUGGAAAUUGAGCUGCGGCCGGAAAUGGGCUCGUCAGUGUUUAUCAGUAUUUGUCGAGUGAUAAUUCGGAGGAAAGAAAGGCCAAGCUACGCCCCAACUCGUGGGCGGAUUAUUCCAGCGCCCAGAGCCUUUGCCUGUCCCAACGGUACCAUUUCAAUUCCGGGCCAACAUCUCUGCGUGGUUCCCGUGCCUCAAGCGGCCAACUACAACAACGCGAUCCGGGAAUGCGAUCGCCUGGGCGGCGGGGUGGUGAAAAUCGAGAGCGUCUUCGAGAAUGCGAUCCUAUUCGGGAUUUUGGAGUCAUCGUUCAACGGCUCGGCGGCGUACAUCGGGGUCGAGAAGUCGGCCAAUGGGAAAUGGGUGUACUCGGAUGGGUCGCCGUUGAAUUAUACGAAUUGGGCGGCGGGACAACCCUCCACCGGCUAUUGUGCCCAAAUCGACCCUUCAUCGACAAAAUGGAAAUCGCUUGACUGCUCCACAUCACUUCCCUAUUUCUGCGGAGUCGAUGGCAACAAAUUUCAAUGCCCGGAUGGCUGGGUGUACUCACCGGAUACGGACUUUUGCUAUUAUUUACAGAAUUUCACGACGCCCGACUCGAUCCAUUGGCAACUCUACAAUUGGACGACGGCCGAGCUGAAUUGCCAAAAAAUGGGCUCCCAUCUCGCGUCGAUCCACUCGAAAGCCGAGAAUAACUUUAUUUUUAACCUGAUCUACUAUCGCGGGCCGACUUCAUCGAACGCCUCGCCCAACAACUGUGAUUAUUCAAGGGCGUGGAUCGGGCUGUAUGGCAAUGCACAAAUCGGUAAUAGCAAUCUGUGGUCGGACGGGACGUUCAUCGAUUUCCGCGAUCCAAGCACGUCAGCUAUAACGUCGGCACAGUAUUGGGCGGCCCACUCCGGCGCUUGCCUCAGCUACUCCCACUGGGACUCGUUCGCCUCGGAUGCGCCGCCGAACGCCUCGCGCUACCCGACGACUACUCGAACGCAAUCCGACAAUGCAAUGGACUUGGCGGAGACGUGGUCCAACGGUUCGUCGGCAUUUAUCGGUGUCGAAAAGUCGGCCACGGGAACCUGGGUCUAUUCGGAUGGUAGCGCACUGAAUUACACGAAUUGGGCACCAGGCCAACCCGCAAAUGGCGAUUGUGCAGCCAUCGGGCCCGACACGAACAAGUGGCAUUCGGUGGCCUGCGAGACGGCGUUGCCCUAUUUCUGCGGACUUGACGGGGAUGCCCGCCAGUGCCCAAGCGGUUGGGUGUAUUUGCCGGAGACUGACCACUGUUAUUUCUUGCAGAAUUUCACGACACCGGAUUCAGUGCAUUGGCAGCUGUACAAUUGGACGACGGCCGAGAUGGGCUGCCAGAAUAUGGGUGCUCAUCUCGCGUCGAUUCACUCAAAGUUUGAGAAUGAGUUCAUCUACAAAUGGAUCUACUACGACGGGCCGACAGUCAACGGGCCGGUGCCAAACACCUGUGACUAUUCGGUGGUGUGGAUCGGAUUGACGGGCACGUUGGGAAGUGAUUCCCAGUGGAGCGACGGCACCUUCUACGAUUUCCGCGACCCGAACGCCAAACCAACCGCGCUCAAGAGUGCAAAAUGGGCGUGCAAGGACAAGCUCGCCUCCGUGCUGCUGCUCAAGGACCAAGUCGACUUCAGUGCAAGGACAAGCUCGCCUCCGUGCUGCUGCUCAAGGACCAAGUCGACUUCAGUGCAAGGACAAGUUCGCCACUUCGCCGCCGCUCGAGGCCGAGCCCGCAACCAACGUCGCCGAUGCCAAGUCAAGCUCGUCGCCCCCGCCACCAUCUUUUGCGUCGAGGGACCUCCGCUCCCGAGGGGAGGG